AUGUAUUUUGAUUGCAUGGAAAGGGAAAGGCGACAGUCUCUAAAAGUGUUUAGAGCUCCCAAAAGACUUUCACAGGAAUCGAUAAAGUUGCCAAAUAUAAUCGAUACGAAAGUAGAACCACUUUUCAAAUUUCCUGAUGAAUUAUCUAAUGUUCCGUCUUGCAAAAAAUUCAAAUCGAAAAAUAAAAGCUCCGCACUUUUUAAAAAAGGAGACAAAAAGGUUUCGUCAAAAAAAUCAUAUACGGAACAGCGACUGAGAAGAGAGGAAGUUCGAAGAUACUUAAUUGAAUUGAUCGUAAGACCAGAACUAUCUGAAGAUGGAAUUAAUAAAGGAGAUAAAGAUAUUAAUAAAUACUACUAUUAUAUUCAAAACGGAAUCGAUACCAUUCACGUUACUCCCCUGGAAAAGAAAAUAAUAGCGAAUAUUAUGAUUUUAAUUCCCAAAGAAUUUCGUCACAGAUUUUUCGAAUUCGUGAAUGAUUUAUUAAAGGAAGUCGAAAAUGAAUUUAUUGUUACAAUGAAGAAGUCGAUUAUUGAAUUUGCAAUGAUAAAUCCACAGGAAAGUGAUAUUUCUGAGGCAAGUCUAACAAAAGAAAAAGCCGAGAUAAAAAAAUUUUUGUGUCGCAAUAUGAAACUUUUUCGAGAGAACCAAGUUAAGAUGUAUAAAAAUUUGCAUUUGAUAAAUCCGUCUAUGCGACAGACUCUCGAUAGCUGGAGUCGCAAUUAUCGAAAUUUCCGCUUGAUAGAUCUGGAGGAAAUCGCGAAGCACACUCAGAGUUGGAAUUUAUUGGAUUUUCAAAAAAUAAUCGUCCAUCAAAUCAACGCUGCGAGAAGAAAGCUUGCAACAACCUGGUUCAGUGGGAUUCAAAAUAUUUUCUUUAUGAAUAACAAAAGAAAUCUCGUGCCAAGUCCUGUGGAAGAAAAGUUGUUUAAAAGAUUUUACGACUGUGUGGGAAAGCUCAUGGAGUUUCAGCUUUUAUCCGCCUGCAAGCAUACGCUUAAGGACUUUAUGGGAUAUAUUUGUGAGACAGAUCAUGCCAGAAAUCGCAGUUUUAAGCUUAAUAUAAUUGUAAAAGAGAAGGUUCCAAUGUUCGACCCGGCAACGGAGCACUUUGAAGACGUUUUUUGCAGUAUCUUGGAUGCUAUUUGCGCAGCAGUUACUGGCUUUGACAGGCUGGAAACUCAGCUAUACCUUGAUUGGUUUGGUCCUCAGACUCUACUCAAGCCACAAGUUUCAAUGGAAACAGUCGAGAAAUACAAAAGGGAAAUCGCCCUCAUAAUCAAUGAAAAGAAAAUCAAGCCUGAAGAAUGCCUCAAUGAAAUUUUUAGAUAUGCUCAAUUUUUCAAUAAUGAAGAACUUCAAAAAGUCAAUGAAUUUCUAGCUAACGAAUCACAUAAUCUUGAAGAGUACAGAGAAAGAAUUGAACAUUAUCAUAAUUUGGCAGCUCAAAUCCCUAUUGAAAUUGACAAAACUGCCUUUACGGAGUUUUUCGAAACGAGCUAUACAAGUUUCAUUGAGACUGUCGUCAACAAUUUGAAAUCGUUUGAAAAUGCUUUGCUAAAUCGCUUAGUUACUCAGUAUCAAUCUAAAGCAAAGAAUGUUGGAGAAGAAUACCAAGUGAUUGCUGAUCGGGCUUUGAGUGCUCCUGCAAACACUGCUGAAUUGAUGGAGCUCAUCGAUUAUAUGAAAAAGGUGGAGAAGUUUUCCUUAAAGCAGUUGGAAAGUAGUCUCCAGGAUAUUAUCGAGAUUGUAGAGUUUUUGUCUGACUACUGGCUUCUCACGGAGGAAGAGAUUCAUACCAAUAACAACGCAUUUCAGUGGUACCACAAAGUACCUCAAAUUUUGGAAGAUAAUAGGAUCAUCAUAGAGAACAAGUCUCAAGAGUUUCAAGACGCUCUUAAAAUUAGGUAUCAAAGAUUUGAAGAAGAGCUGGAAUCCUACUCAAAACAAGUGGAAGAAAUGCAAUACUUCGGCGAUAUAGAGGAAAUCCUCUAUUAUCAAAAAAAGGCUCAGACUUUAGAAGACAAAUUGAUUAAAGCUAUGGAGAAAAUAGAUAAAUUUAAUGAAGAAGAAGUAGCUUUUAGAUGGGAAACAACUCAGUAUCCAAUGCGAAAGAAAAUCGCAGAUCGCUUAGUACCCUUCAAAAAAUUAUUUGAUGCUGGUUGUGAUUUCUUGAUGAAAUAUGAGAAAUGGAUGAAUUCUCUAAUUGGUACUUCUAAUCCAGAAGAUAUAGAUAAUGAUGCAUCAAUGGCUUAUAGAACUCUCUACAAAUUGGAAAAAACCUUUCAGGAAACUGAAUCUAAGAUACUUGCUCUAAAUGUAAGGAAGAAGAUAGAGGAUUUUAGAGAACACAUGCCAAUCGUGUCGACGCUAGGUAAUCCGGGAAUGAAGAAAAGACAUUGGGAGCAAAUUUCGGAAAUAGUUGGCUUUUCAAUCAAGGUCGAUGCAGAUUUGACUCUUGGAAAGAUUUUGAAUAUGAAUCUUGAUGUGUACGUUGAACAAUUCGAAAGCAUUUCAGAAGGUGCUAGUAAAGAGAGUACUAUAGAGAAAAGUAUAGAUAAGAUGCACAAGGAUUGGGUGGAAAUGGUUUUCACUGUCAAUCCUUAUAAAGAUACUGGAACUUAUGUUGUCGCUGGUGUUGAUGAUAUUCAAGUCUUGCUUGAUGAUCACAUCACUAAAGCUGUCACCAUGAAGAACUCAGCCUACAUCAAACCAUUCGAAGCCCAAAUAUUAAAAUGGGAGAAGAAGUUGUAUUUGCUUCAAGAUAUUCUAGAUCAGUGGUUGAUGGUUCAGGGAACGUGGAUGUAUUUGGAGCCAAUUUUUUCUUCACCUGAUAUCCAGCAGCAAAUGCCAGAAGAAGGACGAAAGUUCAGCACUGUUGAUAAAACUUGGCGAGAUAUUAUGAAAACUGUUCAUGCUGAUCCGAGGGUAUUAUCUGUGGUGGGAAUAGACAAGAUGUUGGAAAGACUGAAGAAGAGUUUGGGCUUGUUAGAAUUGAUACAGAAAGGAUUAAAUGACUACUUGGAGAAGAAGAGACUCUUCUUCCCAAGAUUCUUCUUCCUCUCCAAUGAUGAAUUGCUGGAAAUUUUGUCCGAAACAAAAGACCCAACUCGAGUGCAACCACAUUUGAAGAAAUGUUUUGAAGGAAUAGCGAAGCUAACUUUCGACGAUGACUUGAUGGUUCAUGCUAUGAGGUCUGCUGAAGGAGAAGUUGUUGAGUUGGUAGAUGUGAUAUCUACAGCAGCUGCGAGAGGCCAGGUCGAAAAAUGGCUUGUGGAAUUAGAAGCCGAUAUGCGAAAGAGUGUUCGUCAAACAGUUUACAUGGCAAUUCAAGACUACCCAACAAAAGAGAGAACAUCUUGGGUUCUAGAAUGGCCAGGACAGACUGUACUUUGUGUUAAUCAAUUAUACUGGACUCAACAAAUAGAGGAGGCUAUGUUGAAUGAGCGUGAUCCUGCUGGAGCCCUUCGGAAGUAUCUUGAUCAAUGUCAAAGAGAGCUAAAUGACAUUAUUCUGAUUAUCAGGGGGAAACUGUCUAAACAAAAUCGCAUCUCUUUAGAGGCUUCCGUGACACUGGAUGUUCAUGGAAAGGAUGUACUAACAGAUCUUGUGAAAGAAGGUGUUACAAGCAAUAAUGACUUCAAGUGGCUCUGUCAACUCAGAUACUAUUGGCAGCAAGAGAAUAUGUUUACUUACAUGAUCAACUCCUUUUUACAAUAUGGAUACGAGUACCUAGGCAAUACAGGAAGGUUGGUGAUAACUCCUUUAACAGACCGCUGCUAUCGCACCUUAUUUGGAGCUCUAAGUCUUCAUCUGGGUGGAGCUCCAGAAGGACCAGCUGGAACAGGAAAAACCGAAACGACCAAGGAUCUUGCCAAAGCCAUGGCAAAGCAAUGUGUCGUCUUCAAUUGUUCAGAUGGUCUAGAUUACAUCGCUCUCGGAAAGUUCUUCAAAGGUCUAGCAUCUUGUGGUGCCUGGUCCUGUUUUGAUGAAUUUAACAGAAUAGACCUGGAAGUACUCUCCGUAGUAGCUCAACAAAUCCUAACAAUUCAGCGAGGCAUACAUUCCGGUGCGGAAAAAUUGUCUUUUGAGGGUUCUGAAAUCACCCUUGAUCCCACUUGUGCAGUUUUCAUCACCAUGAAUCCAGGAUAUGCAGGAAGGUCUGAAUUGCCAGAUAACUUAAAAGCACUCUUUAGAUCAGUAGCAAUGAUGGUUCCUGAUUAUGCCCUCAUCUCUGAAAAUAUGCUUUACUCUUUUGGAUUUUAUACUGGAAGAUCUUUGGCUGUCAAAAUCGUGACUGCUUAUAAACUUUGCUCAGAGCAGUUGAGUAGCCAGUGUCAUUAUGAUUAUGGGAUGAGAGCUGUUAAAUCUGUUUUGACUGCUGCUGGUAAUCUAAAACUAAAGUAUCCAAAUGAAUCUGAGGAUAUUCUUCUUCUAAGAAGUAUCAAUGAUGUGAACCUACCAAAAUUUCUGAAUCAAGAUUUGCCCCUCUUUCAAGGAAUUGCUUCUGAUCUUUUUCCUGGAGUUGUUCUUCCCGAUCCAGAUUACACUCACAUUAAUGCUUGCACUAGGGAAGCUUGUGCUAAUGCGAACAUUCAAUGCACGGACUAUUUCCUUGAGAAGAUACAACAAAUUUACGAGAUGAUGAUAGUCAGGCAUGGGUUUAUGAUAGUGGGCCUACCAUUUUCUGGAAAGACAUCAGCUUAUAAGAUGUUGGCUGAAUGCUUAGCUUUGCUUGAGGAGAGAGAACUGAUGGAUGAACAUAAGGUCGAGAUUAUUGUUAUUAAUCCUAAGUCGAUUACAAUGGGUCAACUGUAUGGAAACUUUGAUCCAGCUUCACAUGAAUGGAGCGAUGGAGUCUUGGCCCUUAGUUAUAGGGCAUUUGCAGUUUCAACAAAUGAAAAUCGGAAGUGGCUCAUCUUUGAUGGUCCUGUUGAUGCUGUGUGGAUUGAAAAUAUGAACACUGUGCUAGAUGAUAAUAAAAAGCUUUGUUUGAUGUCUGGAGAAAUAAUACAACUGGCUCCUACGACUAAUUUGAUAUUUGAGCCGAUGGAUUUGGAGGUUGCCUCACCAGCCACAGUUUCAAGGUGUGGUAUGAUUUACAUGGAACCAGUUUCACUGGGUUGGACUCCACUUUUAGAAUCAUGGAUGAAUACUCUGCCAGAAUUAUUAAGUGAGCAUAUCAGGUUUCACAUGAAAGAUAUGUUUCUGAGAUUCUGUCCUGCUCUCUUGACGCUUAUCCGAAGAUCAGGUGCUAAAGAAAUAAUAUACAUGCCUGAUGCGAAUUUAACUCGAUCGGUGAUGCUUCUUUUUGAUUGUUUCUUGGUCGAAUUUAAAGACGAAAAAUACCUGAAGUCCUUGUCUGAUUUGGAAAUCAGAGCUCAGAUCGAGGGGUCCUUCUUCUUUUCUUGUAUUUGGGCUAUGGGCGGAACUUUGCUGCCCGCCUAUCGAGAAUGGUUUAGCAUGCUAUUUAGAGCCCUGACAGAGCGCGAGUUUCCUGACGAGAUGAGAGAACGCUUUCAUUUGGAAGAAGUUUCCAAUCCUAAGAAACCUUAUAUCACAAUGAUCCCAUCAGCUGGUCUCGUGUUUGAUUACAAGUUUAUCAGGGAAGGAAAGGGGAAAUGGAAACCUUGGACCGACGAUUUACAAAAUCUUCCACUUAUUCCUCCGGACAUUCCCGUAAAUCAGAUAAUCAUUCCUACAAUUGAAACUGUGCGUUACUUCCACCUUUUUGAUCAACUCAUCUGCAAUCAAAAACCAGUUCUUUUUGUUGGUCCAACUGGAACAGGAAAAUCAGUUUAUAUCAUGGAUUUUCUGCUUAAGAAAAACAAUCCUCAAGUUUACAAACCUCUUUUCGUGACCUUUUCGGCUCAAACAACAGCGAAUCAAACCCAGGACAUCAUAAUGAGUAAAUUAGACAAGAGAAGAAAAGGCGUUUAUGGUGCUCCCCCUGGGAAACAUUGGAUUGUUUUUGUUGAUGAUCUUUCUAUGCCGUUAAAGGAAGAAUAUGGUGCUCAGCCUCCUAUUGAAUUAUUGAGACAGUGGCUCGAUCACUGGUCUUGGUAUGAUCUCAGAGAUAUGAGUUAUUUGAAAUUAAUUGAUGUACAAUUAAUUUGUGCAAUGGGUCCACCUUCUGGAGGAAAAGACGUUACACCAAGAUUCAAAAGGCACUUUUUUACAUUGGGCAUUUCUGAAUUUGAGGAUGAUGUUAUGGUGGCUAUUUUCAGCAAGAUCAUGAGCUGGCAUCUUGUGUCUCGAGAAUUUCCUGAUCAUUUUAAAUCUUGUGUUAAUUAUAUUGUUUACGGAACUCUUGAUAUUUAUAAGGAGAUCACGAAGAAUCUGUUACCAACUCCAGCCAAGUCGCAUUAUUUGUUUAAUCUUCGAGACUUCUCGAGGGUAAUUCAGGGAGUUCUGCUUUCUAGAGUUGAAUCAACACCAAAUGUGGAGGUUAUGAAACGUUUAUGGGUGCAUGAAGUUCUUCGUGUUUAUGGAGACCGUCUGGUGGAUGAUAAUGACGCGAAUUGGCUUGCGGAACAGAUUCGAAGAACUCUCUCAUAUCGAAUGGAUGAAGAUAUGAAUGAACUUUUCAGCGAUUUUCUUGAUACUGGAUAUAAUAUAACUGAAGUUCAUUUACGUAACUUGGUGUACUGCGACUUCAGCGAGCCUUCGAGUGACAAAAAAAUGUACAAGGAAGUAAAAAAUCUGGACAAUCUUUCCUUAGUGGUAGAAGAGUAUUUAAGCGAUUAUAAUUCCAUAUCUAAGACUCCAAUGAAUUUAGUUCUCUUUAGAUUCGCAGUAGAGCAUCUUUCAAAAAUAAGUCGGAUUUUAAUGCAGCCUCGAAGUCAUGCCUUACUCGUGGGAGUUGGUGGAUCAGGUCGACAAUCCCUAACUCGAUUGGCAGCCCACAUAUCCGAUUAUGACCUCUUCCAAGUAGAAAUUUCCAGGCAAUAUGGAAAAAAUGAAUGGCAUGAAGAUUUAAAGAGCAUCCUUCGAAAAACAGCAACCACCGAAUUGCACACAGUUUUCCUUUUCACUGAUAUGCAGAUUCAAGAAGAAGGCUUCCUAGAAGACAUCAGUAAUCUCCUAAACUCAGGAGAAGUUCCAAACCUCUUUGAAGCAGAUGAAAAAGCAGAAAUCUGUGAGCAGAUGAGGCAGAUUGAUAGACAAAGAGAUAAAUCUCUCCAAACUGAUGGAAGUCCUAUAGCCCUUUUCAACUUCUUCAUCCAAGUCGUAAAAGAACAACUUCAUAUUGUCGUGGCUAUGUCACCGAUAGGAGACAAUUUUCGCAUCCGAAUAAGGAAAUUUCCGGCUCUAGUUAACUGCUGUACUAUUGAUUGGCUUCAGCCGUGGCCUGAAGAUGCUCUACUGGCUGUGGCUACCAAAUUUCUCGGAGAGAUCAAAUUGCCUGAGACUGAAAGGAAUGCCUGUAUCGAAAUGUGCCAAGCGUUUCAUGUAUCAACUCAAGAUCUUUCAAAGGAAUUCCUCCUUCAAGCAAAGAGGUAUAGUUAUGUGACUCCAACUUCCUAUCUCGAAUUAAUCAAUACGUUCAAGGAUCUUCUAGAGAAGAAGAGAAGGGAAGUGCUUGAUGGAAAGAGGAGGUAUGUGGCUGGACUUGGAAAGUUGGAUAAUACUCAUAAGCAAGUUGAGAAAAUGCAGGGGACUCUGGUUGCUUUGCAGCCAAAGUUAAUUGAAGCUGCAAAAGAUGUAGAGAAAAUGCUAGAAAGUGUUGAGAAAGAGAAUGCUGAAGUCGCUGCGAUUGAGCAAGUUGUGAAGAAAGACGAAGAGGCAGCAAUGGUUGUAGCUGGAGAGGCAGAAGAAAUUCGAACUGAAUGUGAUGCUGAUUUGCAAGAAGUCAUGCCCAUUCUGAAUGCAGCGAAUGCAGCUCUGAAUACUUUAACUCCCCAAGAUAUUCAAAUUGUCAAGACUAUGAAGAAUCCUCCAGCUGGAGUUAAAUUAGUCAUGGAGGCAAUUUGCAUCUUAAAGGAUGUGAAACCUGAUCGAGUUCCUGGAGACGAUGGAAGAAUGGUUGAGGACUAUUGGAAGCCGUCGCUGCGAAUUCUCGGAGAUUUGCAUUUUCUAGAUGCCUUACUGAGCUACGACAAGGAUAACAUACUCGAAAGGAUCAUCACUAAGAUUAGAACCUCGAUACUUACAAAUCCAAAUUUCGAUCCAGACAAGAUCAGAAAUGCUUCAACUGCUUGUGAAGGUCUCUGUCGUUGGGUUAUUGCGAUUUCGGAAUAUGAGAAGGUUGCUAGAGUUGUUGCACCUAAAAAAGUUGCUUUAGCGAAAGCUGAAGCUGUUUAUAAUGAAGCGAUGGCUCAACUGGAAGUGAAGAGAGCUCAGUUGAAAGAAGUUCAGGAUCGAUUAGCUAUCCUCGAAGAUAUAUUGGCACAACGUAAACGAGAUUACCAAACGAUGAUUGAUGAAGUGAACGAGUGUGAACAGAAACUCAAAAGAGCAGAAGAAUUGAUUGGAGGUUUAGGUGGAGAAUAUAAUAGAUGGUCAGAAACAGCGAAGAUCUUGGGGAAACGUUAUUACAAACUCACAGGUGAUAUUCUAAUCGGAUCCGGUAUUGUGUCAUAUCUCGGAGUCUUCACAAUGCCCUAUAGACAGAAACAGAUUGAAAAUUGGAUUUCAAUGUGUACCAAUUUGGAUGUUUACUGUACUCAGGAUUAUCAACUGACCCAAAUUUUAGGCAAUCCUGUUCUGAUACGAUCUUGGAAUAUUUUUGGACUACCCUGUGAUUUGUUUUCGAUAGACAAUGGCAUCAUCGUUAGUAAUUCGAGACGAUGGCCACUGAUGAUUGAUCCACAGGGGCAGGCUAACAAGUGGGUCAAGAAUAUGGAAAAGGCUUCGAAUAUUCAUGUGAUCAGACUCACACAGUCAGAUUAUAUGAGGAUUUUGGAAAAUGCGGUUCAAUUUGGCCAACCUGUUCUUCUAGAAAAUGUUGGUUCGGAAUUGGAUGCAGCUCUUGAACCACUUUUGCUGAAGCAGACUUUCAAGGCGAGUGGAACUGUAUGCAUUAAGCUGGGUGACUCCAUUGUUGAGUACAAUGCCAAAUUCAGACUUUACAUUACAACAAAGCUACGAAAUCCUCACUAUUUACCAGAGAUUGCAGUCAAGGUGGCCCUUUUAAAUUUCAUGAUUACACCGGUUGGUUUAGAGGAUCAGCUCCUGGGAAUUGUUGUCGCGAAGGAAAGACCUGACCUUGAGGCUGAAAAAAAUCAACUAAUUAUCCAAGGCGCAGAAAAUAAAAAAAUGCUGAAGGACAUCGAGGAUAAAAUUCUGGAGGUAUUGUCAGCGUCUGAUGAGAAUAUCUUGGAAGAUCAAACAGCAGUUUCCAUUUUAAGCUCAUCGAAAGCCCUCUCGAAUGAAAUUGAAGCUAAACAAACUGUUGCGGAAGUAACGGAGAAGUCGAUCGAUGCAGCUAGAUUGCAAUAUACACCAAUUGCUGUUUACAGUACAGUUCUCUUUUUCACAAUCGCCGUUUUGGCAAAUAUCGAUCCGAUGUACCAGUACUCACUAGUAUGGUUCGUGAAUCUUUUCAAGAGUACGAUUGAUAACACCCCAACGGUGGAAAGUAUUGAGCAAAGAUUAAAGGAUCUGACAAAAUCCUUCACAUACUCUUUGUUCGUAAACAUAUGUCGUUCUCUCUUUGAGAAGGAUAAGUUGCUCUUUUCCCUCCUUUUGACUGUAAAUUUGCUCAACAAGCAAGGGAAAAUGUCCAUGGUUCAGUGGAUGUUCUUUUUAACUGGUGGUGUCGGUUUGGAGAACCCUCAUCCUAAUCCUACCGAGUGGCUUCCAGCUAAGGCUUGGGAUGAGUUGUGUCGUCUUAAUGACAUUUCAGGAUUUACGAAAAUUAAAGAAGCUUUCACUCGAAAUAUUAAUGGGUGGAGAGACAUUUUCGAUAAUAAGGAGCCUCAGACUUUGACUUUUCCAGCACCAUUUAAUAAAAUAGGCUUAUUUGAAAAAAUACUUAUUAUUCGGUGUAUUCGGCCUGAUAAGGUAGUAUCUGCAGUUCAAGUCUUCGUAGAAGCUGAAAUGGGAAAGCAAUUUAUUGAAUCACCACCCUUCGAUUUGGCUGCUUCGUAUGCUGACUCCUUCUGCAGCAUUCCUCUUAUUUUUGUUCUCACCCCGGGCGCUGAUCCAACUGCUAUUUUAUUGAAGUUUGCCGAUGAUCAAGGAUUUGGUGCUAACAGGCUGUUCUCUUUGUCCUUGGGUCAAGGCCAAGGUCCGAUCGCUGAAAGGAUCAUUGAUGAGGGAAUGAAGAAUGGAACAUGGGUUGUUUUGCAAAAUUGUCAUUUGGCUAAAAGUUGGAUGGGAACUUUGGAAAAGAUUUGUGAAAACUUCACUCCAGAAACGGUUCAUCCAGACUUUCGACUCUGGCUAACUAGUUACCCUGCAGAACAUUUUCCCGUUAGUGUUUUACAAAAUGGGGUAAAGAUGACGAACGAACCUCCCAAGGGUUUGAAAGCAAACAUCAUCCGAUCUUUUCUACAGGAUCCUAUAUGUGAUCCAGAAUUCUUUGAAAAAUCAAAGCAGUCUAAUCACUUCAAGAAAUUGAUCUUCUCACUGUGCUUUUUCCAUGCAAUUGUACAAGAGCGUCGCAAGUUUGGUCCCCUUGGUUGGAAUAAUCCCUACGAGUUUAACGAGACUGAUUUGCGAAUUAGCGUACUUCAAUUAAAAAUUUUUUUGGAUCAAUACGAGGAUGUUCAGUUCGAGGCGCUAAAGUAUCUCACAGGCGAAUGCAAUUAUGGUGGUCGCGUAACCGAUGAAUGGGAUCGACGGACUUUAAAUACGAUCCUGGCUAAAUUCUAUAACGAGGACGUGAUUACCAUUAAUGAGUGUCCCUUUGAUGAAAGUGGAAUUUACUAUGUGCCCCAGGUGACAGUCUAUGCACAGUUUUUGGAAUAUAUGCAGUCCCUGCCUAUGAUAACUGACCCUGGGGUGUUCGGGAUGAAUGAAAAUGCUGAUAUUAUCAAGGAUCAGCAGGAGACUGAAUUGAUAAUGACAUCUACUUUACUCACACAGGACACUGUUUCUGAAGAUCUUGAGGGUAGCAAGUCACCAGAUGAAGUUGUUUUUGGAAUAUCAGCGGAUAUUCUUUCUAAAUUGCCGAUGAACUACGAUCUUGUUGAGGCUCUUGAAAAAUAUCCAACUUCGUAUGAGCAGAGUAUGAAUACAGUCCUGGUACAGGAAAUGGGAAGAUUCAAUAAACUUCUGCAGACUAUAAGAGGAAGUCUUGUAGAUUUACAAAAAGCGAUAAAAGGUCUUGUUAUAAUGAAUUCUGAUCUCGAAGAAGUAUACAUAUCGACGAUCACAGGAAGAAUUCCAGCAUUAUGGAGGAAGGACUCCUAUCCUUCUUUAAAACCUCUUGGAAGUUAUGUUCAAGACUUUCUCCGUAGACUGAACUUUCUGCAGGACUGGUAUGAUAAUGGACCACCGACUUCUUUCUGGAUUUCCGGCUUCUACUUCACGCAGGCAUUUUUAACCGGAGCACGACAGAACUAUGCCAGGAAAUAUUCUAUCCCAAUAGAUUUAUUGAUUUACGAUUUCAUUCCUCUCAAAGAAAAGACCUUCACGAAACCACCCUCAGACGGAAUAUAUGUGUAUGGUUUGUUUUUGGAUGGGGCUCGUUUCAAUAUGAACACAAUGAAGCUUGACGAAGCUGUGCCUAAAGUUCUCUUUGAUACAAUGCCUUAUCUUUGGUUGAUUCCAAUGACGAAAGAGGAAGUUAAAGAAAGGCUGACCUACACUUGUCCAGUUUAUAAAACGAGCGAAAGACGAGGGGUGCUUUCUACAACCGGUCAUUCUACUAAUUUUGUUAUUGCCAUGUGGCUUCCAACUGCUAAUCCGGAGGAACAUUGGAUAAUGAGAGGUGUUGCGAUGCUUUGUCAAAUGUCUCAGUGAAUUAGAAAGUAUUAGGUCUACAAAUUACUUCGGUGCCUUUACUUUGAUGUCUUGUAAUUCUU